GCUUCCUUGGGCUCACGAUCUGCUUGAAGAGCAUCUGGGUUCACACCAGAAACUCCACCAAAUCUCAGCUACUAAGCCGAAUAUGUCAUGGUAUCCUCCUCAUCCAAAUUCAUUUAUGAUCAAUACUGAUGCAUCUUUGAUCAUGGGACAGGCUGGUUAUAGUAUUAGUGCAGUAAUUAGAGAUUCGGAAGGCUCGUUACUGGUGGCGGAGACAGAAUUUGUGAAUGGCUACAGUUCAGUUUUGUUGGCUGAAGCAUCUGCCAUACUGUUAGGCCUUCGGUUGGCCCUCAGCCGGUCCAUUCUUCAAGCUCAAGUUGCCUCUGAUAAUGCAACUAUCAUCAACAAUAUCCAGCUGAAGUCGGCCAACAAAUCGGAGUGGAAUCCAAUUGUGCAGAAUAUUAUUCAUUUUAGAGAUUCUUUUCAGUCUCUUGAUUUUUUAUUUGUUCCUAGAGACUGUAACAAAGUGGCUAAUAGUUUAGCUAAGUGGAGUCGUUUGACUCAAAAGUCUGCUAUUUGGACUGAUUGUUUACCCAAUUGUGCUGCUGCUAUAUUAAUAGCAGAUAAGCCUAGUGUUGCUUAAUAAAGUUUUUCCUUUUAAAAAAAAAAAAAACGAUAAAUUUUCCAAUCCAUCUGAUUAUAAUGUGAUGCACACAUCUAUUGGUGAUGAUACGACAACAUCAAGUACGCAACAUCCAAAUAUUCAUAUUAAAUAUACCAAUAACAAUGACCAAGUUAGUAUUCAGCAAGGAUUAUCUAAGAGACAACAAAGUUCUCGUACACACCCCUAUAUAGACAAAGAGGGAUCGUCUCAUGAAGAAUGUGUUUCUCUCGUUCCCGAUUAUGGUGUGACUUAUCUCUCUGCAAUCGCUUCUUCCACAAAUGAUAACAAUAAGCAACUUGUUUAUAUGCAAAACAAUAUUCUCAUCUAACUCAACCACCCUUUAUUUUUCUUCAUUGACAUUUUAAAUUUUUUCCCCACAAAUAGAACCCGACUGUAACUAUUGAGGAGCCAAUCUGCCAAGCAACCAUAUCAAGACCUUGUAGGGGACAAUUGAUUCAACGGUACACUUGAUAUCGAUAAAUUCUGAAAGAGGUGCCAUCUGAAGCAUUUUCUCUUCUACUGGUGUCGAAAUGCAUGCAUUGUGAAGCGAAGCGAUUCAAACAUGAAUCAAAAGGCUUUUGUUGCGCUAAUGGACAAGUUCAUUUGACCACCAAUGAAGUUCCAGAUGAACUUUAUGCAUUGUUAAUUUCUGACACUCCUGAUUUGCACAUUUUCAAACACUCAUUUGAAUUUAUAAUAAUUAUUUUGCUUUUACUUCUUUGGGAGUUAAAUAUGAUAAAACUCUCUAUUAGAGGGUCAAUGGGAUAUACACUUUCAGAGCUCAAGCACAAAUAUAUCACAACAUAAUCGAUUUGAUCC